AUGACUACUCAUUUCCUUCUAUACACAUUAUUGCUUACAGCCCUUGUUCUAUCUUGCCAUGGCGAAGAGAGGAAGAUUCACAUUGUAUACAUGGGAGGGAGGCACCAUGGAGAUGUUUCUGCUCAAUCCACACACCAUUCAGUGCUACAAAGUGUACUUGGAAACAUCGAGUUGGCUAAAGAGUCGCUGAUCUAUAGUUAUGGGAAGAGCUUCAAUGGUUUCGCCGCAAAGUUGUCAGAUGAAGAAGUUGCAGAGUUGGCAGAAAUGGAAGGUAUAGUUUCAGUGAUUCCGAACCGCAGACUAGAGCUUCACACAACAAGGUCAUGGGACUUCAUGGGUCUCACUCUCAGCAAAGGCCAACUUGGAGCAUCUGUAGAGGGAGACGUUGUUAUAGGGCUUCUAGACACAGGAAUCUGGCCAGAAUCUGAUAGCUUCAAUGAUGAUGGCUUUGGCCCUCCACCUAAGAAAUGGAAGGGCAAAUGCAAAGGCGCCAACUUCACCUGCAACAACAAAGUUAUCGGAGCGAGGUUCUACAACAGUGAGGGAGACCCCACUGACAUCCAGUCCCCAAGAGACUUUGAAGGACAUGGAAGCCACACUGCUUCAACUGCAGCAGGCCGUGAGGUGCCAGCCAGUUACUUGGGGCUAGCUUCUGGAACUGCAAGAGGUGGCGUCCCUAAUGCUAGGAUUGCUGUCUACAAAGUUUGCUGGGCAUCUGGAUGUUAUUCUUCAGAUAUCCUUGCAGCAUUUGAUGAUGCAAUAGCAGAUGGAGUUGACAUAAUAUCGGUCUCACUUGGCAGUGGCUAUCCAGUCCAAUACUUGGAAGACGCAAUUGCUAUCGGGUCUUUCCACGCCAUGAAAUAUGGUAUAGUGACCUCAAGUUCUGCUGGAAACUCUGGCCCUUAUCCAUUAUCACUUUCCAAUUAUGCACCUUGGAUAAUGACCGUUGCUGCUAGCACCAUUGACAGGAAAUUUGUAGCGAAAGCAGUUCUCGGCAAUGGAGAAGUUUACACUAAGAAUGAAGGAGUUUCGAUUAAUAAUUUCGACCUGAAUGGAAAGUCACAUCCCAUAAUAUGGGGAGGAGAUGCUGCUAACUUCUCUGCUGGAGCUAACUCGGAGACUGCAAGCUUUUGUCUAAGGGGAGACCUGAAUUCACGCAAAACAAAGGGAAAGAUUGUUUUCUGUGAAACUAUUGAGGAUGGCUCAGGUGUUCUACUUGCAGAUGGUGUUGGUACAAUUAUGGCUGAUUCAUCUUUCUCUGAUGUUGCAUAUAAUUUCCCCUUACCAGCAACUGUGGUUACACUAGAAGAUGGACAGAGAAUUCUGAACUAUAUCAGAUCAACAGCGAAUCCAAUUGCAACAAUUCUUGUUGCCGAGGCGGACAAGGAUGUUAAGGCACCUACUGUUGUGUCAUUUUCUUCUAGAGGACCCAACCCUAUUACCCCAGAUAUCCUAAAGCCUGAUCUCACAGCCCCUGGUGUUGACAUACUUGCUGCUUGGUCUCCUGUGGCACCACCUUCUAGUUACGUAGAUGACACCAGGAGUGUCGAAUAUAAUGUAAUCUCCGGGACAUCAAUGUCCUGCCCUCAUGCUAGUGGUGCUGCUGCUUAUGUCAAGGCUGCGCAUCCAAAUUGGUCUCCUGCUGCAAUCAAAUCAGCUCUCAUGACCACAGCUCGUGUCAUGGACCCAAAGAAGCAGGAAGACCUCGAAUUCGCUUAUGGCUCUGGUCACAUCAACCCUCUGAAAGCAGUAGAUCCUGGGCUCAUUUUUGAUGCACAUGUAACAGACUAUGUACAUUUCCUCUGUAAGCAGGGUUACAAUACCACCACCUUGAAGCUCAUCACUGGUGACAGUAGCAGUACCUGUGGAAGGACAAAGCCAGGAAGAGCUUGGGAUCUUAACUAUCCAUCGUUCUCCUUGGCAGUUGAAGAUGGCCAGCACAUCAAUGCUGUCUUUACCAGAACAGUCACAAAUGUGGGAUCACCAAACUCAACCUAUACUAUUAAGGCACACACACCCUUUUCAGGUGUUUCUGUAAAACCAUCAUCCAUUUCUUUCUCUUAUGUUGGUGAGAAGAAAUCCUUCACAGUCAAGGUAACUGGUCCGCCGAUUGCACAGCAGCCGAUCAUGUCUGGUGCAAUCGUAUUGACCGAUGGAAUCCAUGUGGUGAGAAGCCCUCUUGUUAUCUACACAAUCCUCCCUGGUGCUGCUUACUCCUACUCCAUACCUGCGAAAAAACCAAGUCUCAAAGGUUCUUCCUUGUACCACAGAAAUGGGAUCUUCAGACACAACUGA